AACUUCUCUCCAUGGCUUGAAUGGAUAUUAGAGCACAUCUCUCUGAUGGAAUGUACAACGCCAGAUGAUCUGAUUGUUCAAGAACUAAAUUCCAAGAGAAAGAAUACAAUUCUUCCUACAAUUUGCUUGUUUUAAUGUAUGGCUUGCUCUCAAACACAAAACCUGAGUUUUAAUUUCUGUAUGCAGAAAGGCAAGGGUCUGUCUUCAGUAAACCCUCAUCAGGAGAGGUCAGCAACAGGACACAGGUGGAAGGAACUUCGAAGCACCACGAGGAGGUGAAAAGAAAUACCCAGCUUGUCCUUUCUUAAGCCCAUUUGGGGAAGAUAAACUUCUCCCUUAUGGCUGGAAGCAGUGGAGUCAAUCUGUUCAGCCUGAGCCUGGGGUGGUAACUGGCAGGCACCUGCUGCAGCCUUUCCCUUCUGCCUUACACUGGACCCUGCAUUGUGGGGUCUGAACCCACGGGGCAAAGAUGGUUGUGGUAAGGAGGAGGAAUGUGAAGAUGUUCACCUUCGCCUUUCUGCUCAUCACAGUGACCUCAUUUCUGCUGAACUACACACACCAGGUGACCACAACCACCUGGGACCCCAGACAUCUGGUUGUGCAGUUUUCAGAGCACGUCCAGAAACUCUUCAAGUACCCCAGGAGGCCCUGCAGCUGCCGCACGUGCAUUUCGGAGCUGGGGCAUUCCCUCUGGUUCGAUCAGAGGUUUAACUCAACUAUGCAACCUUUCCUGACCUCACAGAAUGCCUUGAUCCCAGAAGACAGCUACAGGUGGUGGCUGAAGCUGCAAGGGGAGAAGGCCCCGCGGAGCUUGAACGCGACGCUGGCGGAGCUGUUCGGGGUGAUCCCCGGGGACGGGGACCCGCUGCAGGCCCGCGGCUCCUUCGGCUGCCGGCGCUGCGCCGUCGUCGGCAACUCGGGCAACCUGCGGCAGGCCCGCUACGGCCGCGACAUCGACCGCCACGACUUCGUGCUCAGAAUGAACCGUGCCCCCACUGCUGGCUACGAAUCCGAUGUUGGGAGCAAGACCACUCACCACUUUGUUUAUCCUGAGAGCUACAAAGAGCUGGCAGCAAAUGUCAGCAUGAUCCUGAUCCCCUUCAAAACCCUGGACCUGCGCUGGGUUGUCACUGCUCUCACCACUGGCACCAUCAACUUCACCUAUGUUCCAGUUCCAAGGAAAAUCAAAGUCAAAAAAGAAAAGAUCCUGGUUUAUAAUCCAGUUUUUAUGAAAUACAUCUAUGAAAAUUGGCUGGAGCAUCAUGGGAGAUACCCCUCUACAGGCCUUCUGUCUUUGAUGUUUGCUCUCCAUGUAUGUGAUGAGGUGAAUGUGUAUGGCUUUGGAGCAGACAGCAAAGGACACUGGCAUCAUUACUGGGAAAACAACACUUCAGGUGGGGCUUUCCGGAAGACAGGCGUCCAUGACGGGGAUUUUGAGUUCAAUAUAACUUUGACUCUUGCCUCCAUUGAAAAAAUAAAAUUUUUCAAGGGCAGAUGACCCUGGCCACAGGGACAAGUGAGGGCUGCAAUUUCCAGCAUGCAGCAGAGCAAAGGUCAGUGAGGAUGAGGCGCCAGCCAGGUUUGAGUGCGUGGGUCUGCGGUGGGUUUGGAGCAUCUCACUCUGCAGGGAGCGAGGCCAGGCUCCCAGGCUGCACAUGAUUUCCUGUCCGUGGAGAGCCAGCAGCUACCAAUCAGUUGUGGGAAUAAAUUAAUCUCUGCUUAGGCUCUACAGCUCGAUUCUUGAAUUCCUGAUGAAAGAUCUGCCUGUUGCAAUUAGAGGAAGCCUGAACACAGGAACUGCUGUCUGUGUGUCUGUUCUCUCCUCGAGCAAGGUGGGAGAUCCUUGAAGAGGAGUGAAAAUGACUUCUGGGACUUGGGAUCUGCUAAGGCAGCUGUGAACAUCAUAGUAAGGAUUACCUCAAAGAAAUGAAUUCACUUCUGCUGUUGAUCUUCUUUUUGAACCACCUCUUCUCUGUUCUCUUAUUACUUCUGUUUUCAUGCUGUAUUAAGGAAAAACAUGAUGAAGUUUCCUGGAGGAGUAAAUAUUUCAACCAUUGCCUCAUUUUGCAUUGAUAGUGUCUAGAAAUACGAAGCAAAUCAUCUCAUGUAUUAUUUAAUAUUCCUUCCUACACAGCCAUAAUGGUGGAGAAAAUAAUACUGAAAACUCCGGGAAAAAAAUGGCCUUUUUAGCUACUUGUCUGUCUUGUUUGAUUAUAUGUAAUUUUUGGUUUUUUGGUGUGUUUUUGGGUUUUCUUGGGUUUUUUUUUGGUGGAAAGUACUCUGGAAUGUUUGUUUGUUUGUUUCUUUAUUUAAUCAGUUUCAGACUGGGAAAUGGACUUCCUUCAAGUCAUUUAUAUGUGCCUUUUAUAAUUGUGCAACAAAUGUGAUUUUCUUUUUAAGAUGACAAACCCUAAAUUAAACAUUUUUGUAAAAGGGGGAAAACUUAACCAAAGUUUAGCUUCUAUCUGGUAUGCUUUUGUAGUCAAAACCAGUAAUAACAAACCCUAUAUUGCAUUUGAACAAACACAAACAAGACAAUUUUUAAAGCUAGCUUUUACCUUUUUUCAUGGGAAAAUAUUCAAAAGUCCUAAGGAAAAUCUUCUUCUUAAUUUUUUACAAGUUUAAAAAUGCAGUAUCUCUUUACAAGCUCUCUAUCUGAAAUGGAACAAAAAAAUCAUGGUUUGAGAUAUUAACUAGUUAUACACUAAGAAUCUUUUGCUCUGUAGCAGCACCUGCAAAGACACAAUUUGCACAAGCUGAUCUUAGAGCAUGAGACAGAUUUCAAAAUCAUGUGCAUCUCUGAAGAAAUGAGUAUAUUGAUGUCAGUACCUCCAGGCAGUGAGAGGAAGGAAGUUACAGUGGAGGUUUUAUGUCCACAGAUUUUUGCUGGAAUCAAUGCAUUAAAGCUUCAAGGACAGAUGAAGUAUAAAUCCAAGUUCAGGCAGUGAAGAAUGGAAAACAGUGGUCUUUGCUUCUCAAUAUCAUGAAAACAGGACUUGUGAAUUAUGGAUCCACUUUCAGCCUUGGUGAAACCAGAGGACUUAUUGCCACUGACUUCAAGGGACUUUGAUCAGGCUUGGAAAAAAUGGCAUAUUUAAUUUUUAGUCUAUCACAUUGAUUGGAGUUUAUGGCAAAAAAAUCAUCAUCUAAAUGUCCUCUCUUCUAUGCACCAGUUGUGGCAGAAUGUCCAAGCAGGUGAGUGUUUGAGGCUGGUGAAAGCCCUUCAACAGUGAUGUGCUUCAUCCAAGAUUUAUCCCCUUGUCAUUCUGCAGCAGUUGGUGCCAUCCCCAAGGCAGCAAUACAUGUCACAGUGUGAUGGUCAGCUGAAAUUUUGGGGCACAAGGCUACUCAGCAACAUGAAUUACUUUAUCUAUGUAUUACUGGACUUGUGGCAUAUAAAGAGCCAAGGACCCCAAAUGUCUGUGUGGGAAUCCCUCAGCUCGUGUGCCCCUUCAGUUCAGCAAUGUGGAAAGGGCAGGAUUUUCAAAUCCUCGUGAUGAGACCUGUUCACAAUCCUCAUGUCAAGAAGCCAUUUCCCAGCAUGGCAAACAGAACUCACCUGCAUGUCACAAGGCACAGCAGAUUCUACAUGUCCUUUGUAAAAGAAUGAAGCAUUACUGCCUGAACCAUGUUUGUUUGCUUGAAGCAUUCCUGCUUGUUUAAAUGCCUCUUGUGAGAUGCUGCAGUAAUAACAAGUUUAAGAUGUAAAAGACUAUGGGUAAGAUGCCAGAGAUAACUUCAAAGGGGGGCUGGAUUUUGGAGCUUCAAGUAUUUUUCUUUCUUCCUCAUGGACAAAUAUUAGGAAUUCAGAAACAUUGACUGCUCUUUCAGUCAUUUUUAGAAAGACUUGGAAGAAAGCUCAUGGUGGUUUAUCCCCUUGAAGUUUUGUGUUUUGGUUUUUUUUUUAUCACAGGGGUCAAUUUGGAAUCAAAAACAGUGGAAAAAGAAGCCAGCUAUAGUCUAGCCUGUGUUCUGAAAGUUUCCUUUUGCUGUUCUAAUAAAAUUUCCAUUUUCCCCUGAACAUUCUGCCCCUGACAGCACAUACAAACCUCAUGGCUCAUACAUGCAUAUAGAUUUAGUGUCUUCAUCAUGGAACAAGCUGCAAUUCCCAUUUAAUUUUGUUGCCAACAGCAAGCAGUACCUGUGUACCACCGAUAUCCGUUUUUCAGAAUGGAUCUCUCCAAGUGUAGGAUGAGGAAUAGUCUGUCCCAUCAUGUUUCUAUUCCAGGGGAACUUUUUCUAGAGUCCUUUAGGCAGCUGACUGUUGUGUUAGAUUUUUGUCUCAGUUUCUCCACAAUUUUGCUGCUCUUUCAAUUGCAUUCAGAAUCAGGAGAUGCCAACAGAAGAUGCUGAGGUAAGAAUUAAUUCCCAGUGACAUUGUUGAAGAUUGUUUUCCUGCUAGAAACUUUUUGGAUUUAUUUGGUUUUAAAAGAACCAAGGAAAACAUUUAACAAUAUGUCAAGGCUUCAAACUCUUGGACAGUAUUUGCCACCACUGCAAAAUCUCUGAAGCACUCCUGGAGUGUGUGUUAUGUUUUUUACCAAAGCCACAUCUCUUGAGCACUUUUUUCCUCCCAUGACCAGGUUUUCUUUGUACUUUUCUCUGACUACACAAUUGAUUAUGAUUUUUUUCUCUAAUGGUGGGAAG